AUGGAGUCAUCCACAGAAAAAGAGGACAUUUCGGAAAAAUUGUUCGGAUUGUGCGCAGGUAACCACGUCAAGAACUGUUUGUUCCAAAAACCAUAUUUUUUAAAGGAUUGGAAGUCGGUGAACUAGUCACUGCUCCGAAUUUCAAACUCGGAGAUGUCAUGUCUGCGAUCGAGCUGCUUGAACCGAAAAUGGACGUCGGCGUGGGAACUCACACGACACUGAGUCUGGAGGAAGCCAUCAGCAGGGUAAGAAGAAACGAUUGAUUUUGUACACAGCUCGGUUUCGUUUAGGGAAUGAACUCUAACGACUUGCCUAUGCAGUUGGCUAUCUUCGAUGCCACGCUGGCAACCAUUGUCGGAUGGCUGGAAGGCUCUUCUCUGGCGUCGACCGUUUGGACGAAUGUGUUGCUGGCGGAAGUGAAAAACAUUCCAAAUCCGACUUUCCGGUCGUUUGCCGCCGGAGUGAAUCUCCUUGUUAGAAACAUUCAUUCGAUCAUCAACAGUGUCGGAAACCUGGAGGAGCUUCCUGAGGAUUUCAACCCCCAGAUGAUUUUCAUGACGACUAAAUGGGCACCUCGUCACAUUAUAACCCAGCAUAUGCGUGCCCAAAUUCAGGCGCUCACUAUUCUGGGAAACUCUUUCAAGCCGCAUUCUGGAGUUGUAAGAUCGCAGCAGAUUUGCUAUGCUCUUGGUGUCCGUCUCGAGAUGGUCGUCCUUCUGCUCGAUACUAUCGGGCAAUUAGUUCCGCCGGAGAUUGAAGAUCCCAAUUUUGACCACAAAAUACACAUGGGAAAUUACACCAUUCACGAAAGAGAAGUGUGCGCAACUGAUGGGAAUGACAAUGGUGAGAAGAGUGGCGCACCGGCACCUCCCGAUAUUAACCACGUCUGCGAGAGCGGUCUUUGCCAGGCCCAUGCCUUUGACGACGACGAAGAGUUGGAGGAAGAUCAGUUCAAACCGAACUUUCCCGUUUCCAAUUACUUAGUUGAACGGCUCAUCAGCGCGUGCAAGGCCUUCGCGGAGACUGUCAAAUUCGGAACAGAGGCUCCAAAUGGUGUUGACGGUAGGAAAAUAAAAUGAGACUCAGGUGAAUAAGUUUGUUUAGGAGACUUCACUUGGCUGCCAGUGUUCGAUCCCAAGGCUUGCGUCCGUCUGAUUCCGGCUUGCUUCCCACGCUCUGUGAACAUUCCAUCCAGAGACGAAGCCGCUCAGUGGUUCGUCAGCUUCGCCUACCGCCUCCAAGAUCUGUGCAUCACCACUCCGUCGACUGUGAAGGAUCUCAACAAUCUGUUCUACUUUGCUCGGACUUUCAAUUUGAGAAGCUGUGUGCUCACCAGGUCUCUCCUCCAGAUUGCCAUGUUCCCAAUCGACAAUCACUUGUGCGGAGACUCGAAACGGACGGCAGCUGACCCAAUUGAAGUGUCUCUCAAAGUCGGAUAUUCUCCGCAAGUUCUUAUGAAAGAGUCAGUCGUUCAUGCUCUACAAAUUUAGUUUAUUUGUCUCUUUUUAGCUCGGCUGUCUACCCUGACAUGAUUGCUCAAAACCUUUACGUUACCUUCUUGAAUCACAUGACGAAGCAGGCGAUCAACGUGUACAGCAGCUUCGGAAUGAAUCUGUCUCGCCAAAGAGAUCGUCUGGAAGUGGCCAUCGAAGAGCUGGGGCAACUGCAGGCGUACGUCGGAGAACUCGAAACACGUACCGACCAACUGAUGAUUGACUCGAAAACUGUCGACGGUGAGUGCAGCCGGGACGCACCGUUCACAUUGCAGUUUAUUUCCAGACCCAGAAAUGAAUCCGUCGUAUCAUUCGGUCUCUUCGUUUGUCUUUCACAACCAGUUGGCUAUAAUGCAUCACUACUUCGAACUGGGAUUCCGUAUGGAUCUGUUCGUGCCGUACGAAUACACGUACAUCUACUGGUACAUGGGGAACAGACAGGCGAGAUGGAUGCUCUCGACGCUCGAGCGCUCCUACGCCAUUCAGGAUGCCAUAUGGAAAGCAGGUGGGUGUUAAUGGGUGAAUAAACUUUGAUCGAUAUUCUGAAUUCAGAUCCUCUCUCGACGACAGUCAAUCCGAGAAAAAAAAAGGCGAGGGCUAUGAUGGAGGAGGAGACGAUGAAGAGACUGGCGGUGUGCAAGUUUAGCAUCAACAAUCACAGAUCCAUCGUUCAAAUAUGUGCGGGAGUGGUUAAGUUGAGUGUUUUGCUCAUUCGUAUGGGAAAAGUGAAGAUGCCGCCGGGCGGACAAGAGUCCGAGAGGCUUCGUUUCGAGCGGCGCUUUGAGCCAUUCGAGCCCCUUGGACCUCCGAUGAGAGUCACCUACGAUGACUUCCUGGAAGAGGCCGAGUAAGUUUACGCUGGUAAAUGGCCCUUCAAACAGUAAAAACUGUAUUCAGGAUCGACGUUCUCAUGGCAAUGGACAUGAACGAUCUGAUGGGCGCAGCUGCGGCCAACUUCACCGAAGCUCUGAGACAUGUGCAAGAGUUGAACAAUGUGACUGAGCAAAACAAAGAGACAAUGUUGGUGGAUCGACUCUGGUUCGGGGAGACACUUUUACAUUAUAGAGAACUGGAGCGUGUGGCCAAGUUCAACAUGCUCGCGUGCUCAGUGCUCAGAAUGGGAAAGCAUUUGACGGAAUUUGAAUGGGAAUUCACUGACGAUUUCCCCGUGUUGCCGACGCUCAGAGUGGCCAGCCACGAAAGAGAUAAGACCAAGGCGAAGCAGAAAAACAAAUUGAAGCGCUAA